AUGACAAUAAAUUCCACAAUUCAAAACGACGGUGCAGAAAGGGGAACAAAUGUGGAAGACCAAGUCCUCACACAGAACAAAUGCCUUGGCAAAGGUGAAAGAAACGAAAUCAAGAGAGACGACGCUGAGAGUCAAAAGGCAAUGGCAGAAGCAGCAAAAAAGCUCCUGCAAUACAUUGGAGAAGACCCAGAACGAGAUGGCCUUGUUAGGACUCCCGACCGAUAUGCUGAAGCGUUGCUAUUUUUUACCAAGGGAUACUCAGAAGAUAUCCAUGAAGUCGUCAAUGAUGCUAUCUUUGAGGUGGAUCAUCAGAAUCUGGUUCUUGUGAAAAACAUUGAGAUCUUCAGCAUGUGUGAACAUCAUAUGGUACCCUUUAUGGGAAAGAUACACAUUGGGUAUAUUCCCAAUAACCGCGUUCUGGGUCUUUCAAAAUUGGCUCGCAUCACAGAAAUAUUCGCUCGCCGGUUACAAGUGCAAGAGCGCCUUACACAACAGGUGGCCAAUGCAAUCAACCAAGUGCUACAGCCCAAGGGUGUGGCAGUAGUUGUCGAAUGCGUUCAUAUGUGUAUGGUGAUGAGAGGAAUACAAAAGACAGGUGCGAUGACCACCACUUGCAGCAGGAUUGGACUUCUACAAGAUGAUCAAGAGACAAGAGAAGAGUUUUAUGCAUUACUCAAUGUGAGACAGUAA